AUGAUGGAAUUAUCGACACUAUGUAUAGUCAUUGCUUUCUUUUGGUUGUUUUAUAGAUUAUUUUGGUACUUAUCAAUUCCUCUUUAUAAAUUAGCUUCCAUUUUGAAAAUUUCUAUACCGUAUGAUACAAAAGUUUCUAUCGAUAAAAUCAAUAUAGACUCUAUCACAAUCCAUUGGGAAAAUGAACCUUUACCAGUACAACCGAAUUCCAAUACCUCUACAAAAACAACAAAUAUAUCACAUUAUUAUUUAUAUUUAAAUAAUAUUCAAAUUGCAUCCUUUCCAAACAAUUCCAAUUAUUUAUAUACAUGUUGUUCCAUCACCGGCUUGAAACCUGCCACAGAAUAUCGAUUGGAUUUCGUAACAGUAAACAAUUUGGGGUAUAUUAGCAAACUGCCGCCCAUUUAUUGUAUGACUAAAUCCGAGGAAUCUAUUUCGUCUUCUUCAAAUUCCAGUAUUAAUGAUUUAAUGAAAAGCGGAGAAUGGAUUAGAAACCCAUUUACUUCAAUAUCAAAAUCAAACUCAAGCUCAAACUCCAAUUCUAAUUCAAAUUCAAAUUCAAAUCCUGAUUCUAUAUCAAAUUCAAAUUCUAAUUCAUUCACAAAUUUGAACGCAUUAACUACCACUAAUAAUAAUAAUAUCUUAAACACUAAUAGCAAUAUUACAAAAUCAAAUAAUACAACAGUUUCAAUCUUACCUUCAAAUUCAUCAAACUCCACUACUACAUCUUUUAGUACUCCAUAUUUAACAAGUUUAACCACUUUGAAAUCAUUGGAAAAUUUUUCUAUUGACGAUUUGAAAACAAUCCUAAUCUGUGCCCAAGAAGAUUUACAUGCUGUUUUAUCGCAAAAAAAGUCAGUCUAUGAAGAUUUUAAAGAUUCCAAGACUCAAUUAGAACAAGAAUUGGAAAACUUAAAAGUUCAUUGGUCAGAUAUUUUAGAUCUUAGAAAAUCAUUAAAAUCAAACAUAAAAUCUUUAGAAAAUUCAAAAUUAUCAAAUGAUUUAAAAAUUUCUCAUUUUAAUAAAAAAAUUCAAAAUUCCAAAAAAAAUAUUAAUAAAAUGGAGACCGAUAUUGAAAAUUGGAAUUCUUAUCAACAAAAUGAUUUAAAUUUACUUAAUUUGAAAACUUCUAAAAGUGAAAUUAUCAAUAAUUAUCAAUUAAAAUUAAAUGAUUUACAGUCACAAAUUAAAACAACGAAAUCCUCCAUUGAGACUUUACAAUUGAGAUUAAAAGAUUUAAAUAAUUAUAAUUUGAAGUUUGAUUUGAUCAUUUUAAAUCAAAUUUUAAAACAUUUAAAAAAAUCAAAAUCAUUUGAUAAAUAUAAAUUAUUAAUUCAGAUUAAUGCCAAUACCAACACUCAAUUGAUAAAAGGGAAAGAUUUUAAUUUUAAUGAAACUUAUAGUUCCAAAAUUAUAAAUAAUAAGAAUUCUUCAUUGAAAAAAAUCAUCAACAAACAAAUUGCCAAUUAUCAAUUAAUAGAAAAAAAUUGGUCUGAUGAAAAAAGUAAUUAUUUAAAUCAAAUUAAUGCCUUGAAUAAAAAAUUCGAUACCUUAAGUAAUGCAAAUAAUAAAUUAAGAACUGCUGUAUUGAUGCAACCUUUACAAAUGUCCAAUACCAAUACCACUAAUACAACUAUUGUUGUUCCAAACUUAAUGAAGUCAAAUUCAAGAUCAAGAUCUAAUUCUAGAUCAACUACAAAAUCUACUUCUAAGAGAAAUUCCAUUAUUGAUACUAAUUCAAAUAACAUCUAUAUGUCAACCAACCAAAAUAAUUCAUAUCUAUCGAAUUCAAAUUCCAAAUCACCUGUUCGUAAUGAGACAGGUUAUAAUGAUUCGAGAUCAACUAAUCAAAAAAAUCAAAAUUCAAAUAAUAAACGUAAAAAAUCUCUCAAUAAGCGUAAAUGUAAUAAAUCCAUAAGUACAUCAAAAUAUACUAAUGAUGACAGAUAUACUAAUAAUGAUAUUAACAGUAAUAAUAAUAAUAAUAAUAAUAAUAAAAACAAUGGAACCAUAAAUAACAAACUAAACUCCUCUUCCACAAUUGUUGGGCAACAACCAUCUUCUGUAUCUCAAUCAAAUCAACCUUCAUCUAUAGCAAUGACUACCCCCUUAUUAUCAUCAACUUCAAUGACUACUCCCUCUUCAUUACCUCAACAACAUCAAGCUUUACUUGAAGCGCAAUUACAAAAUGGUUCUGUUUUGCCCUACAAUUAUUUACCAGAUCAGUUAUUUCAAAGCUCAUAUCCAAAUCAAUCAGAUCCUUCAUCUGCUUUAACUCCACAAAACUCUAUUCAAGAAUCAUUUAAUCAAUCUAAUUUUUCCAGAGGUUUACCAACUGCUUCAAUUCCACAAGCUCAAGUGAUUCCUUCAAACACUGUUUUCCCAUGGUUACUUAAUAGUCAGCAAAUGAAUAUCUCAAAUAGUUCUACAAAUAACAUAACCAAUAACUCAACUAGUGAGCCUAAUUUGGAAUAUGAUAAUUCUAAUCAUUUAUUGUCUGGUUUACAAGACAUGAUCUUAGAUGAAACUGAUACUCCAGACCAAAUUAGUAAUUUUUCAAAGGGCUUCACUACUGAUCAAUUGGAUAAUUAUUGGAUUACUAAAAGAUCUACAUCUAAUUCAAAUUCUAUUAUUAAUUCUCAAUCAAAUCCAACAUCACAUCAAAAUUCAAAUUCUAUUUCUGUAAAUAAUGAAAACUCUAAAGUGAGCAAUAAUAGCACUGGUAAUACAGCUCAUAAUAUUACACCUACAGUGAUGCCAAGAGCAUCAAGCCCAUUGGCUAAUUCAUCAUUGACUGCCUCUCCUCCACCUCCACACCAACCAUUUCUCCAAGAAUUUGUUCCACCAAGAGCUAGUUCUCCAUUGGCAAUGCAGUUUGAAUCAUUACUAAGAUCAGACUCUGCUCCAUCAAAUUCUCAUCAGCAUCAGAGUUUGUUGGCAGCAACAUUAAAUGAUUCUAUUUUAUCUAGCUUCACAGAUCCUUUAUCUGCCACUCAAAACUCGGAUUCUUUUUAUAGUCUACCUCCCACUACUAAUACUUCUAAUGCUGUUGGAACAUCAGGGAUCAAUACAAAUGUUGAAGUAAUGUCUGCCGCAAAUGCUAAUAAUAUUGGAAUGGCUAGUAAUAGAAAUUCCUCCAACCUCUCUAAAAAUACUAAUCAUCCAAACCUAUCACCAUUUGUUUCGAAUGAUGGACUACUUCUGGAUAGCGGUUCUAUGCUGAGCAAUAAUAUUUUGACUCAUACUACAACUAAUCAUUCCACAGGGACAAAUAACGGGAAUAAUGUAUUAACACCAUCCCAAGUUCAAGUUAAUUCUCCAAUGUUCAAUUCAAAUGAUAUUUGGCAACCAACUACUAUGGAAGAAAGUAUAGUUGGGGCGAGUACUAAUGUAAAUGGAACAGGAUCGUCAGUGAACAGUCUAAGCACAACACCUCAUUCUAAUUUCCAUGUACGAAACCUGAGUAGUGGUAGUAUUGUCACAAGUGUUGGUAAAUUAAAUGUUAGAGCUCAUUCAUCACCUUCAAAUGUUACAAUUGUAGAAUAUCAUGAUGAGUCUACUCCUAAGAAGAAACAGCCUUCACAGUUGUUAUCGUCUCAGAAUACACGAUAUAUUCAAGAAGAAUAUCAAGAUCAAAAUGAAACUCAAAGUGAUGGUCAAAAUACUGAUUCCUCUUCGAAUAAGCCAGCGGAUAAUAAUGCAACUAGUGGAAUGUCCAAACUUUUAUCCAAGAGUGGUAUGAACCACUUGUUCAAACUUUCUACUCAUGACCAAUAA